AAACUUGAUUACGAACUGUCAAAACCAACAGGUCAUAAUUUUGUAAACAAAGUUUCGUAUCCGAGCGUAUUCGCUUUUGGUUAGGCAAUUUAACAAUAUUUUGACGGAGUUACGCUGCAAUGGAUCUGGCUGAUGUUUGUAGGACAUGUUUCAGCCCGGAUAAUCUUGAAUAUACUAUAUUCGAUGUAAUUCCACUGGAGAAUCAACCAUCGGAAAUAAUGGUUAUUGACCUGCUGGGGCUCAUUCCGAGGAUAAGUAUAACGGACAUAUCUCCCCCAUUACGAAUAUGCACGAAAUGUAUGGAAUUUAUGAAACUCAUAUAUACCUUUAUUUCCCAAUGCGAAAAAUCUGAAACAUACAUUAGGCAAUUGCAAACGCAGAUAUUUAACGACCAAAGCAACCAAAAUGUAGAGCAAUCUUCAAUGAGUUCUGCUCUGAGUCCAACUAUUAACAAUGGAACUAGUGGCGGUAUUUCAAUAAAACUUGAAAGAAGUCUGAGUACGGACCAAUUUCUGGAAGAAAAACCACUAAAUACUCAAGACGAUUUUAAGGAUUCCACUGAAUAUAAAUUUCUGUCGUCAAAAGAAACAAUACCCCCGGUUGCAAUAAAACAAGAACCUGAACUUGAACUGUGGGAAGAUAUUGAACUUGUUCCUGAAGAAGAAUCAUAUCAGCUACCGGCUAUGGAUCAAGUCAGUUCCUCUUCAAAUCUGAAUUCGAGCGAUGAAAAUGUACAAAAGGGUUUUCAAUGUUCGUGUGGAGAACGGUUUUCUAGAAAAUUAAGUUAUAGCCGGCACGUGAAAAACUGUUUGCCCCUUUACGAGUGUGAUAUUUGCUCGAUGGCAUUUCAAGACAAAACCAGCGCAUUUUCGCACUUUAAAACAUCCCAUCCUGGUGAAAAGCCAGCAAUUACCGAAAACAAUCAACGUAACUCUAAAAGCAACCGACUUACUAAUAAAAAUACGAGCAUCUUACCUGAACGAGUUCAAGUGUUUGUUACCGAAGAAGCAACGAAAUAUUUCCCGUGCAAGUACUGUUCAAAACAACUAAAAACCGAAAAAUCCCGUGCCAUGCACAUGCGGGUGCAUAAUUCAAAGCACAAGUGUGAAGAGUGUAACAAACAUUUCAGAACCGGCACCCACCUUCGAGCUCAUGAGAUGCGUGUUCAUCCCGGCAAAUGGAAUGCUAUUCAAUGUGGUAUUUGUGAAAGAUACUUUGCAUGCAAAUCAGACUAUUUUCGACACCAACUGACGCACACAAAAGAAACACCGUUUGAAUGUAACAUGUGCCCACAAAAAUAUCGCUACAAGAAAUUCCUUGAGAACCACAUGAGGCAAUCCCAUGAUAUCAAUGAGGAGGAAUUACAGGAAUUCUUGAAGGAAAAAUACGGCAGAAAAUCAUGGCUCAGCGGCACCUUUACGUGUGAUAUAUGCUCAAUGGAAAUGGUGAGGGCGGACGUUGCAGCACAUCUAGAAAAUCAUAUGCUGAAUAGAGAUGUAGAAAAUAAGAAGAAUAAGAGCGCAUCUAACAAUAAAAAUCAUUGAAAUAAGCCCCGAUUAAGUUUUUUUCAACAGGACAUGUUCUUAGGAGGGCUAAGUAAGUGGUUGGAAUUUAGAACAGAAAAGAGCUUUUCGAUAUGUUGUAAAUGAGUAAAUUUUCAAUUCUAUUUCAUUUGCAUUUAUCUUAGAUCUGUCUGUGCUUAAAUUGAAUGCUAAAACUGGAAGUGUAUGUUUGAUGUGUUUUUACUUAGAAAUAAAUGUUUGGCUGACAUAUUUUUU